UUUGAAAAAUACCCUCUCAACUGUCCCCCCAAACAUUUGUCCCACAAAACCAUAAACCAUGACAACCGCCACCAUUGCCAAAAUAACAAUAAUUGUUGCCACUGUUACCAUGUUACUGGCGAUGGUGGCAGCACAGGCACCCGCGGCCGCACCAGAGCUGGCCGCAGGGGCCCCGGGAGGAGAGACAAUUGGAGCGGGGGCUCCGGGGCCAGGGGGGGCGAUGGAUUGCAUGACCAACCUGUUGAACAUGUCGGAUUGCUUAACGUAUGUGGAGGCUGGAAGCAAUUUGACGAAGCCUGACAAGGCGUGUUGUCCGGAGCUGGCGGGGCUGGUGGAAAGCAAUCCAUUAUGUCUAUGUCAACUGCUGGCAAACACAAGUAUUACAGGGAUACAGAUAGAGCUCAACAAGGCUCUCAAUCUUCCUACUGUUUGUGCUGUUCAGACUCCUCCUAUUAGCACCUGCGCAGCUGUUGGAUAUCCUGUGCCUGGUCCUAUGUCAAGUGAAGCGCCUGGAGCGGGGGCUCCAGGGCCGGGGGGGGUGAUGGAUUGCAGGACCAACCUGUUGAACAUGUCAGAUUGCUUAACGUAUGUGGAGGCUGGAAGCAAUUUGACGAAGCCUGACAAGGCGUGUUGUCCGGAGCUGGCGGGGCUGGUGGAAAGCAACCCAUUAUGUCUGUGUCAACUGCUGGGAAACACAAGUGCUAUAGGGAUACAGAUAGAGCUCAACAAGGCUCUCAAUCUUCCUACUGUUUGUGCUGUUGAGACUCCUCCUAUUAGCACCUGUGCAGAUGUUGGAUAUCCUGUGCCUGGUCCUAUGUCAAGUGAAGCGCCUGAUUCUAUGUCGCCGAGCCUUGCAGCAUCUGGAAACAGUGGCAACGUAGCUUCAUCAGGCAUUGCAGCUUCUCAACUAUCCAUCCUUGUUGGUUUAGCAAUUGCAUUUCUCACAACACCCUUCUUCUGAUUUGAAUUUUUGGAGUUUUUUUUUUAACUUUAUAUUUGUUUCGAUUUCUCCAUUUAUCUGGGGAGGGGGUAUUGUAACCAGAUAUUGAAUGGGUAUGACCUAGUUACGCCAAUAAACAUGUAGCUUUUUUUAAAAUUAUUUUUUCAUGGUUUUCUCUCUCAUGGAGAAAGCGACCAUUGUUUUGAAGCACGAACCAUUUGCUAGCAUUGUCCUGACAAUUUCAAAUUUUAUAUAUACAUAUUUAUGUGAACA